GUCGGCCGGGAAUGGAGUGAUCUAGUGAAGGGAGCGUGACUGCUGCUACUUCCGCACCUGCGCCUACUUCCUGUGUGUGUGUGUCACUUUUCGACUGGCUGUGAUAGCGUCUUCUGUUUGUGAUGUCUGGUGUCGCUCGCGGGACUAGAUAUUAAACAAGUACCCCCUCCAAGAAAAAAAUAGUCCGUUUUCGUUCUGAUUAUUUCAAAGAAUCUCCCCCUAAAAAAAUAAAUCAAUCAAGGAAUCGGACAAUAGAACAACUGACACACAGACACGUGGAUUCCCUCUAACGUACUCACCUAAUCGUCUCCUACAAGACACCGUUCUCAUAUCUACCUUCCUUCAAGACACCAACAAGUCGCCAUCAUGUUUGGAAUGCUGAAUCCCGUCAGUGCGGUGACCAGCCAGUUGCCCGGAGGCGGUGACGGCGGGGACGAAGGAGACAAGGAAAAGGAGGAAGAGGCAGAGAGAGAACGCCUGGAAGCCAUUCGUGAGGCCGAGGAGAGACGCAAGGAGAAGCACAGGAAGCUGGAGGAGGAGAGAGAGGGCAUGCGACAGGGGAUCCGAGACAAGUACAACAUCAAAAAGAAGGAGGAGAUCGUACCCGAGGAGCCUGCCAUGCCUGACAACCCGCUUAUGAGGAAGAAGAAAACGCCAGAGGAACUUGCAGCCGAAGCCGAGGCCGAAGACCAGGACGAAUUCACGAAGUUGAAAAACACCAUAGAAACACAAAUUAACGAAGUGAAGCAGCAAAUAGAAGGCAAGUGUAUCCUACAGUAAGCCUGUGGAGGUGACCCUGUGGGUGCUCCCGCCGCUAUGCAAAAUGAUAGGCCUACAAGUGUCUCCGCUCUAGGGCGACCAACCACCACUCCUCCCCCACACCUCUGGCCACGGUACCCCCGUCUAUCCCUCUGGGUUUAUGGCUCGCCGUGUGGAACCAUCUGCAGCAGACACCAAGGGAACCGUUUUCGUCUUUUAUUUUCAUUGUUAUUUUUUUUUUCCAACUGAUAUCUAAAAAUUGAAGGAAUUCGUGCGAGUGUGUGUAUGUGUUCGUGUGCGUGCCUCGAUAUGGGUCACAAAAUAAAAUAUGGUCCUGUAGGGAAGUAUGAGAAAGGUUUUCGAAAUGAAGAAAGACCCCCCCCAAAAAAAAUCAGUGAUCAUAAGGAGGUAAUCAUUCCAUCAAUAGAGUCGAGAAUCCCCUCUGGUCCUUCUCGAUUUACAUCUUCGCCGGGAUGGACGCGGGUUAUAAUACUCUCCUCUCUACAGUUGACUAAAAAAAAAA